GGCCAACUUGGUGUAAGAUAGGCGGCGCUGUAAUAGGAGGUGUUGGUGCUGUUGCAGCAGCCCCCGCUGUUCUAACAGCUGCAGGAUUCACAAGUGCUGGAAUAGCAGCAGGGUCUGUCGCUGCAAGUGCAAUGUCAGCAGCAACUACAUAUGGCGUGGGAGCGGGGGCAGUCGCUGCAGCGCAAUCAGCUGGUGCAGCAGGACUCGGGAUUGUGACCAAAGUGGUAAUUGGAACGACGGCUGCUUAUGCUGGCUCUAAGGUAGCUGAAAAAGUUGGACCAUGUGACAAUGACGUUGGCGGUGAUGCAUCGAACAGUGGGGAGUGUAAAAAAUAAAAUAAGGGCAUUCUACUUGAAAGUGUGUUUUCCAUCCUAUCGAUUAUGCAAUACUGCACUAGCCAGGGAGUACUGACGUUCGUUCAUACAGAUAUGUACCCCGAACUGGAUGUUUUACACACUUUUAACUAAAACGUCCAUAUCAAAAAGACAAUAAGAGUUUCUAGUCGCUUACAUUAGAGACGAAUGGAAUGAAAAAAUUUAUUUUGAGGAGAAUUGAAAAUUAUUAGUUAGAUGCGUAUGGUUCCAAACAAACUCGAUUAAUUAAAAAAUAAUGUACCCUCUCUGUCAAAGUAUAUAUUUGAUUGUGGAUAUUAAAGACAUAUUCCGUGUGUAUACCAAUGUAGAUGUACACUGAUAUAUGUUUUGUUUUAUCAGAUGUCUUAUUCUAAUGUACUGUGAGGAAUCAUCAACCACAUAG